AUGUCGCGGACAAAGGAAGCAGUGGUAGUGCUGCUAGAUGUUGGCGCGUCGAUGCGCAUGCCGCUUCUUGAGCGCAUGUCGUAUCUUGAGAAGAAUAUAUCGGAUAUAGGUGAUGAUUUGCAACAUACUCGUUUUGCAGUAGCGAUCUCUGCUGUCGAAAACAUUAUACAAAAAAAGCUCUUUUUCAAGCCAAAGGACGAGAUCGGCAUCAUCGCCUAUGGAUCAGAUGAAACUGAUAAUCAGCUAAACGAGGAGCAGGGAGACAACGAGUAUCGGAAUGUGCAGGUGGUAAAUUCGAUCGACUCGCCGACAUUGAACAUGAUCAAAAGACUAAGGGAGCUGAAACCGUCUAAGGGUGCAGAUACGAAGGUGGAUAUUCUAGAUGGGAUGAUUGUAGCACUUGACUUGCUGUUUCGUCGGACGGAUGGUAAGAAAUAUGACAAGAGGCUUCUGAUUAUCACCGAUGCAGCAACAAAAAUUACAGACGCAAGUGAUUUGGAGGCGGUCGUGACUAUGAUUCAGAACUUAGAAGUGAAGCUUCAAGUGAUUGGUUUGGACUUUAAGCACACGACGCUGCAGCCAAAAGAUACAACGUUGGGCAAAUAUCUGAAUAAGACUAAUAUUAAAGAUGAAAGUAUGGGAGCUGGUGUGAAGGACGAACCUAUGGAAGCAGCGAAUCAAGAAAAUACUAACUAUCACACUGUUAAGGACGAGGCAUUGGAUACAGACUCAUGUCUGGAUAAUGUCAAGACCGAAAACGAAAAAAUACUUGUUUCUGUAGCGUACGAGGUAGGCGGUGAAGUGUCGUCAGUAUCAAAACGGAUGCAGCUACUUGCGCAAGGAAUGAAAAAGACGGUGACUCUGACAACCAAGUUUCGAGGUCCAUUGGAGUUUGGUGAUGCACUAAAAAUCCCCGUCUACUGCUACCUGAAGACCAAAGUAGCUACAUUACCGACUCUAUCGAAAGAAUCACAACAGAGUCAUGAGAAAAAGACAGCAGGAAAUGUGAAACUUGAUCGCCGGUAUACCUCACCUCAGAACAUUGACGAAGAAGUCCCUCCUGAUGAACGGGUUAAGGCGUAUUGCUACGGCUCGGAGAAAGUUCCUUUUGCUUCCGCCGACAUGGAGUUCUUUAAAUUCCAGACGGAGAAAUCACUUAAGGUUUUAGGAUUUUUGGAUCGAUCUCAGAUCAGCCAUUCAAUGUUUGUUACUGCCACUGACGUGUUUGUCGCUGAGCCGUUAAAGCCACAUGCUGCGACGUGCUUUGCUGCACUGAUUGAUGCAAUGGUAGAGCUUGACCAAGUGAUAAUUGCUCGCUUUGUCCCACGAAAGAAUGCUGCACCGAAGAUUGUGGCUCUAAUUCCCAAUGCACCAUCAUCUGGUGAAGGAGAAAACUUUUACGCCAUGUGGUCCCAGCAGUUGCCUUAUGAAGAAGAUUUGCGGAAUUAUGAAUUCCCUCCAUUAAAGACGCAUAAGUAUACUCCAACAGAUGAGCAACAGUCGCUAACGGACAGACUGGUGGAUAGUCUAAGCAUCCGCGAUGACAAGAUCAAUGAAGUGGGUGUGUGUUUUAAUCCAAUAAUUUGGCGUUUCUUCUACGCCGUGUCCGUGCGAGCACUGGACGAGUCAGCAGGAAUACCUCCGCUGCCAUCGUACAUAGAAGCAAGCUUAAAGAUGGAUCCCGUUCGUCAAGAGAGCAUUUCCGACCUUAUCGAGAAAUUUGGCGACGCUUUUCAGUUGAAAGAAGCAGUAAUGAAAGCGAAGGAUCGAAAGAGAAAAUCAUUUUGGAGUGAUGUACCAGCUUCUUUGAUCAAGGAAGAAGAUCUCAAAGAGGAGCACGUCGAAAAGGUGGGAGAUGCGGAUUCAGACUUGGAAUUAGACUUGGACGAUCUCUUGGAUAGCCGAGAUACUACUAGUGUUGGUUCCAUGAAUCCCAUUGCUGAUUUUGAGGCAUUAAUUCAAUUUUCUCAGUCAAAGGAAAGUCAUCGUCAACAACUGACAACUGCAGUUACUGGCAUGGAGAAUCAAAUUGAAAAGCUUUUGAGCCAAAGCAGCUACGACUUUUACCCUAAGGCUUUGCAGUGUCUUACGCACUUUCGCAAACGAAGUCCUGAAAUCCAAUACGCUGCUCAAUUUAAUGAAUUUCUGACAAAAUUAAAGGUCAGGUUGUCGGAAGACUCGGACGCCUGGAAAACUGUCAAAAACGCUGAGCUUACUUUGCUAAGUUAUGAAGACGACCCCAGCUUAGAUGUAUCACCCGCUGAUGCACGCGCCUUUCUACACGGCGAAGAGAAAUUGGACGUUAAUCUGGCUGCAGCUUCCUUGUCGUCACAAAUAGAGGCGAUAGAGAAGGAAGAUGACAUGUUUGCCGACUUUGAGUAG